UUGGUGCAGCUUGUGUGUGAUUCCUAACGUCAUGUUGGCUGAGAGCCAGCCUGGUUUUAUUUCACUGUGUCAAAUUGUACCUCCUUAUUGAAUUCCUUUGCCAGCCUACUUUGUGAAAGAAAACAUUGGGGUUUCUUUGGCUGUUCUUGAUAAGCCUAUAAAAAAUGAUAUGUUUUAGUUGCUUAUAGGUAGGUUUUCUUUUUACUCUUCCACAAAAAAGAGAAAAUAAUAGUAAUAAUAAUAAUGUAGUAUGAUGUUGCAGAGUAUCAUUUGUGAGUGUUUUGUUUUGUUUUGUUUUGUUUUCUGAGAUGCUUAGAAAAUGGUGAAUGUGUAACAGUUUCCAACUGAAGUGAAAUCAUUCUUUGAGCAUGAAGCAGCAGCACUAUCUUCCUGUCUACUCUGUAACGUUGCUGAAGUAAAGGAACCCUGCAGCCUUCCCAUGCUAUCUGUUGACAUGGAAAACAAGGAAAAUGGCUCUGUCGGUGUAAAAAAUUCCAUGGAAAAUGGGAGACCACCUGAUCCUGCAGACUGGGCCGUGAUGGAUGUUGUCAAUUAUUUCCGGACAGCGGGAUUUGAAGAGCAAGCUAGUGCUUUUCAGGAACAGGAAAUUGACGGGAAAUCACUGCUAUUGAUGACGAGAAAUGAUGUGUUGACAGGACUUCAGUUAAAAUUGGGGCCUGCUCUGAAAAUCUACGAGUAUCAUGUAAAACCUCUGCAGACAAAGCAUUUAAAGAACAACUCUUCAUAGUACAGUCCACUUGGGGUCUUAGACCUCAAAAAAUACAUAAUGACAUAAUUUGGUUUCAUGUGAUGAAACUUGGUAAACAGAAUACAUACAUGUGUAUAUGUAAAGACUUUCAAUCAAAUGAAACGUUAUCCUAUUGGAUAGACUAGGCAAUUCAUCGGCUGACCUGAAUUCAGCCAGGAGGGGCAAGGACAAGAUGUGCACAGGAUGGUUUUCCUUUUGAAGUCUGUCAAAUAGAAUGUUCUUUGACAUGUUGAGGUCCUCCUCCCCACAAACGCUUUGAAAUCAUGAUGAUUUUCUUCGUUUCUUCAUAGAUUGCUUUCCCAAAAUCCUUAAAAAAUAAAAAAAGAAUUUAAUGGAAUGAGCAUCUUUUGGUUGAGACUUAGGAAGAGUAAAAAUAAGAAAACAUGGGGAGGGGGAGAAAAGAGAAAGAGAUUGCUGUCUCCCUUGAAUUCCUCUGCUCCUUAGAGCUUGUGUUACUUGGAUGGAAUUGCCGACACCCUUUUUUAUAGAGGGUCCUCCACUUGACCUUAUUAAGGUUUUAUUGGGAUAUGCUGCAGUGUUUGAAAUGAACAUGCACCAUGGCCCCUUCAGGAGCAGAAUCGUAGCUCUGAAAAGAGAAACUCCGUUGUGUACUGGGGAUAUCCAUCCACAUUCAGCUCACUUUCACGGGGGUAAUGGUAUUUCUGCAUUGAUUUGCUUUUAAAUUGGUUCUUUGUUUCUGAAGAAAGCAUUUUUUUUUUACUUUAUGGUUUGUAUUUAUAAUAAUUUGUUUCUGAAGAAAUUUGCCAAGAGUUAUAGAUCAAAAAGCCUUGUUAUUAGUACAGAAUAUUUUUAUACAUAUCCCCUCAUGAUGGUGUAAUAUUUUUUUAAUUGUCCUAUGCUUUGUUUUAUUCCUGGUCUGAGUACUUGUUUUUAAGAACUUGAAAAAGUGGGCUUGCUGCAUCUCUGUUCAAAGAGACAUUUGUUCAAUCUCUGUGUGUCAAUGCCUUGUUGAAUUGGUGCUUUGUGGUUGCAAUAAAGCAUUGCUUCAGUUUA